UUUGCUUAAUAUUAUGUACAUGUGUAAACUCUUUAAUUAAUAAUGAGCUAAUAUAAUUGUUAUUUAAAUGUAUUACAGGGCAAGGAAUAAUAAGACAAGAAUAGAAUUGUAUGUGGAGGAAACGGUACCCUUCUACAACCUAGAUGACUUCCGACGUUUCUUUCGGGUUUCCAGAGCAACAUUUGAAUGUUUAUGUAGAAAUAUUGCCCACUUUCAACAGUUACAACCUGGGUGGACGGGUGAAAGAGAAUUUAUUUCAACAGAUAAACACUUGUUAAUUAGCCUUUGGUAUUUGGCAACCCAAGAUAGCAUUCACAGCAUAUCAGACAGAUUUAAUGUUACAGAGUCCUCUGUUAUCAGAUGUCGAACAAGGAUCACUGACAUUUUUGUUAAUCAUCUAAAACAAGUUUUUAUUACACUACCCUCUGCUAAUGAACACCAGGAAAUAAUGGACAAAUUUGAACAAAAACAAAAUUUUCCUGGUGUAUUGGGUGCUUUAGAUAGAACUCAUAUUGCAAUAAAAGCACCUAAAAGCCAUCCUGAAACUUAUGUCAACAGAACGGGGUUUUACUCAAUUUUCUUGCAAGGAAUUUGCAGAGAGGACCUUAGAUUCAUUCACUGCAUAGCAGGUUGGCCUGGAAGCUGCCAUGAUGCCAGGGUUUUAAAGAAUACAUAUAUAUGGGAAAAUGGUUUGGCAGUUUGUGGCAAUGGACAUUUUCUUGAAGAUGGAGCCUAUCCUUUGAGAAGCUGGUUGCUUACUCCUUAUCGUGACACAGGCCAUUUGACACCCCAACAAAGAAAUUACAACUAUCGUCAUUCCGGCACAAGAGUGACAAUUGAGCGGGCGUUUGGGUGUCUAAAAGGACGUUUCAGACGUUUGCGAUAUUUGGAAACUUUAGAAUUGAAAACAUCUGUUGAGAUCAUUAUUUUAUGUUGUAUAAUUCAUAAUAUAUGCAUCCUAAACAAUGAUGAUGUACAGGAAUUUUUUGAAGACAAUCAGCAAGGACUUAAUGUGCCUCAAUGUAAUUUAGUAGACAAUCAAGCCGAGGGACUAAGAAAACGUGACAAUAUUGCUCAAAAUUUACCUUGA